AUGUGGAGAUUUUUCGUGGAAUUAUUAUCAUAUUUAAGUUUUGUUUGUGUUAUCUGUUUAAUUGCUUUCCUGAAUCGUAGUCCUACGGAAUAUUUUCAAGCACAAUAUUUACGUCAGUUAUUUUUGAAUCCUAACAGUGCUACUCUUAAUUUUGAACAGAUUACAACAAUCACUCAAUAUUGGAAUUGGUUAGAAGAAAGUUUUGUAAAUAAUAUUGUUUCUGAAACAUGGUAUAAUGGACAACCUGAUAAUACUUCGCAAGGAUAUAUUAUUGAUAAAACAAAUCGAUUAGUUGGAUGGGCAACAAUGAGGCAGUUACGUAUUAAAGCAGAUACAUGUAAAGUAAAAUCAACCAUUAAAAGUUUAAUACCGAUGUGUUAUGAUGAUUAUAGUGCAUCAACUGAAGACAAACGGUCGUUUCUACCUGGAUGGAUUACUAAUACAACAAUAGGAAACUAUAGUUCACCCAUUGGAAAUUAUAGUUCAACAGUUAAUCAAGCAUAUAUUUAUAAAACUAGUGAAGAACUUGAUACAUAUGUUUAUGUUGGUGAACUCGCUACAUAUAGAAGUGGUGGUUAUGUCUAUGAAUUCCGUGGUUCAUUAUCUGAACUUCGUAAUGAUCUUUUUCAACUUCAUGAAUUAGGAUGGAUUGAUGUACAAACAAGAGCUAUACUUAUUCAAUUGAAUUUAUAUAAUCCAGUUGAACCACUGUUAACAUCAGUAACUAUAGUUUUUGAAUUAUUAUCAAGUAGCGGUGGUAUUCCUAGUGCUCAAUUCCAACCAUUAAAUUUAUACAUUUUUAAGACAGUCUUUCAAAUAGUAUGUAUAUGUAUUUAUUUCAUAUUUAUAAUUUAUUUAAUGAUCUCACACAUUAUGACACUUAUUCGUAAUAAAAAAUUAUAUUUCCGUCAAGUUUGGUCAUAUAUAGAAUUAGGAAUUAUUGUUUGUUCAUGGUCAGAAGUUGGUAUACAGAUUUGGCGUAUGAAUGAAGCAGCACGUAUAGCAAGUUUAUUUCAUGAAACACAUGGUAAUACUUAUAUAAAUUUUCAAUUAUUAGCUUAUGUCAAUGAUUUAUAUUUAUUUUUUCUUGGUUUUUGUUGUUUUUUUGGUACAUUAAGACUUUUACGCUUAUGUCGUUAUAAUCAACGAAUAAAUCUUUUAUCAUUGACAUUAAAACGUGCAGCACGAGAAUUAUUAUCAUUUUCAAUGAUGUUUGCAAUUAUAUUUAUAGCAUUUCUUAUGUUAUAUUAUUUUCAAUUUUGUUCAGCAAUUUGGGAAUGUUCAAGUUUAUUACAUACAGCACAAAUGUUAUUUGAAUUACUUUUAUUAAAAUUUGAUGCAACACAAAUUAAAGAAGCAGCACCGGUUUUAGGACCACUAUAUUUUACAUUCUUUAUUAUAUUCGUUGUUUUCAUUUGUAUUAAUAUGUUUGUAUCAAUAGUCAAUGAUAAUUUUCGACGUAUUCAAAUUGAUCUUAUGAAUGUUCAUUCUGAUUAUCAUGGUCUAUUACAUAGUUUACGCCGAAAAGUUGAAAAAGUCUUUGGCAUUAAAGCAACAAAUGUUGUAUCAAUUGAUGAAACACAAAAUCCAAAAAAAAAGAUAGAAAUGACUGACUCAUUUAAACGUCUAUCAAAUAGACUUGAUAAACUUAAUCAUUUUGUUAUUAAAAACUAUUCACAAAAGAAAAAUGUUCGAAUGGUAUGGAAUGAAAAAUCGAUUAAAACUUAA